AUGCAUGCAGAUCCAUUGAAACUGUUUCUGUCCAGGCUGGCAACCCCCCAUGCCUCAUCCACAAAGGCUGGUUCUCAGUCUCCAAGUCAAGACUUGACUCCUCUUCCUUCAAUGUCUGAGCGCUUGGCCUUUCUCCGUCCCUCCCGCGAGCUGCUGGAAUACUACCGCAAGAAGAUCGCUGACUUUGAUGAGGAACACGAGGAUUUGGUUAAAAGGCUGGAGAGAUACAGAGAAACAUAUGAUGAGCAGCACAAAUUGCAGUGGGAAGUCCAUCAGCGAGAGGAGGAGGUUGCAGAGCUGCAGAAGGCUUUGAGUGAUGUGCAAGUCUUCCUCUUCCAGGAGAGGGAGCAGGUCCUGCGCCUCUGCUCGGAGAAUGACCGCCUGAAGAUCAGGGAACUGGGAGAUAGGAGAAAAAUUCAGCAUCUCCUGGCUUUAGUAGGAGCAGACGUAGGAGAAGUUACCUAUUUUCACGAGGAGCCUCCACAUAAGGUUACUGUUCUGCAAAGGCCAGCCAGAUCCAGAGGGUCACAGGAAAGGGAGGAUGCUUCUCGAGCAGUAGAUACCAAGAGGAGCACUUCAAAACAAGCUGCAAAAGGAGAGAAAAAAGAAAGUUCUGAGAGAUAUCAGAGAGAUAAUCAAACACUUCUACUUCAGGUGGAAGCCCUGCAAGCUCAGCUAGAAGAACAGACAAGAUUAUCCAAGGAACAGGUCAAGGCACUACUGGAGGACAGGAGGAUUCACAUGGAGGAAGCCCAGGUCCAGCAUCAGAGGGACAAGGACAAGAUCAAAACUGUAACAGAUAAGCUGCAUAAGACUCAGGAUCUCUUGUACCAGAGUACCCGUGACUUUCUGCAGCUCAAGCUUGAUGCCAGAGCCAAAGAGAGAGCCUGGAUAGCAGAGAAGGACAGUCUGCUGAAGAGACUUGACAGAGGUGUGGGGCAGCAUAGCAGCAAGGAGCCAGGAAGAGAGAAUAAGCAGAGACAUACUAAGGAGGUGCUUCCAGCAGAUGAUGGAGCCUGCAAACUCCAUGGCAGAGAAAUAAAGUCACUGCUAGAACAGCUGAAGCAGGAACAGCACCUGUCAAACAUGUACAGGGAGCAGUGUGUCGCUCUGGAAGAGGAGCUGCUGAGGAUUCGUGAGGAGGCAGAUGCUGGCAGAGAGCUCUUCAAGGAACGCUCAGAGAAGCUGGGGAAGCGCCUGAAGCUGGCGACGCAGCGCUACGAGGCCUUGGAGAAGCGUCGCAGCCUGGAAGUGGAAGGCUUCCGGAAUGACAUCAAACAGCUCCAGCAGAAGCUGAAAGAUGUGGAGAAGCAGCUUUUUAAGGUGACUCUGAAUAUUGGACCAGACCAGGAUCUGGCAAUCCUUCACGAGAUCCGCCAAGGAAACAGAUUGACUCACAGAAUUCAGGGAGAACUGAAGAACUUAAAGGCAAAAAUCUAUGCCUUGGAGAAUGAGCUGCGGGCUGUCUGA